CCAGCUCUGCCCCCGGCCCGCCCGACCCCGGCCCCGGCCCCGGCCCAGCCCUUAUCUGAUCCCACUUGGCGCUUAAGAGCCCCGGCCCGCCGCCUCGCCGCGCUCCGCUCCGCUGCGCGCUCCUGCCCGCCCCGUCUGCCCUUCCGACCCGCUGCCCGCCCAGGGCCCACCCCUCCCGGACCCAAGAUGGCCUCGGUGGCCAAGGUGUACUAUAGCCAGACGACGCAGACGGAGAGCCGCCCGCUGGUGGGCCCGGGGCUGCGGCGGCGCCGCGUGCUGACCAAGGACGGCCGCAGCAACGUGCGCAUGGAGCACAUCGCCGACAAGCGCUUCCUCUACCUCAAGGACCUGUGGACCACCUUCAUCGACAUGCAGUGGCGCUACAAGCUGCUGCUCUUCUCCGCCACCUUCGCGGGCACCUGGUUCCUCUUCGGCGUGGUGUGGUACCUGGUGGCCGUGGCGCACGGGGACCUGCUGGAGCUGGGCCCGCCGGCCAACCACACGCCGUGCGUGGUGCAGGUGCACACGCUCACGGGCGCCUUCCUCUUCUCGCUCGAGUCGCAGACCACCAUCGGCUACGGCUUCCGCUACAUCAGCGAGGAGUGCCCGCUGGCCAUUGCGCUGCUCAUCGUGCAGCUGGUGCUCACCACCAUCCUGGAGAUCUUCAUCACGGGCACCUUCCUGGCCAAGAUCGCGCGGCCCAAGAAGCGCGCGGAGACCAUCCGCUUCAGCCAGCACGCCGUGGUGGCGGCGCACGACGGCAAGCCGUGCCUCAUGAUCCGCGUGGCCAACAUGCGCAAGAGCCUCCUCAUCGGCUGCCAGGUGACGGGCAAGCUGCUGCAGACGCACCAGACCAAGGAGGGCGAGAGCAUCCGCCUCAACCAGGUCAACGUGGCCUUCCAGGUGGACACGGCCUCCGACAGCCCCUUCCUCAUCCUGCCCCUGACCUUCUACCACGUGGUGGACGAGGCCAGCCCGCUCAAGGACCUGCCGCUGCGCAGCGGCGAGGGCGACUUCGAGCUGGUGCUCAUCCUCAGCGGCACGGUGGAGUCGACGAGCGCCACGUGCCAGGUGCGCACGUCCUACCUGCCCGAGGAGAUCCUGUGGGGCUACGAGUUCACGCCCGCCAUCUCUCUGUCGGCCAGCGGCAAGUACGUGGCCGACUUCAGCCUCUUCGACCAGGUGGUGAAGGUGGCGCCGCCCGCCGGCCUGCGCGACAGCAGCGCGGGUGCCGGCCGCUGCGGGGACCCCGAGAAGCUGAAGCUGGAGGAGUCGUUGCGGGAGCAGGCGGAGAAGGAGGGCGGCGCCCUGAGCGUGCGCAUCAGCAACGUCUGACGGGGCGGGGGGCGCCGCCCACCUCCGCUGCCCGUGGCCAGAGCUGCCCGCCCGCGCCCCCGCCCCAUACACCCCCCCCCCGCCCCGACCCUGUGCCCUCCCUGCCCACCAGCCGGGGUGCGGGGGCGGAGAGGCGGCUAGAGCCAGGGUGGGAGGCUGACCCCGGAGGCCGCGCAGCUGGGUGGACACGCCCACCUGCCCAGCCAGCAGGUUCCCGAAGGCCAGACCCUCUCCCUCUCCCCCCCCCCCUCGGAGCCUUGCCCCAGGGAGACGGGACUGCACCCCCGUGCGGGCUCCCCGGCCGAGGGGGCUCUGGGCACCCAGGAAGAGGACGGAGCUGUUCCCCACAAGGGCCCUGCCCCUGGGAAAUGGGAUAGCAGUGCCAGGGGCCAGCGCCGAUGGUCACUCCAGACCCCAAGUGUGUCCCCCAGUCACACAGCCCCUCCGCCCCUCUCCCCCCAGCCCUGCGCCAGCUCCGUGGAGGGAGGGGGGAAGCCCGGACUCCUGCUGGCCCGUCCCCAGGAGGCGGCAGCACACCAGCAGUGGCCACAGGGAAUUUACUCCGAUUCCCGGCGGCUUUGGAAGGUCCGGGCUAAGCCGGGAGUGACCACAGAUGCCACCAUUCUUGUGCCCCUCCCCGUGUCCCCGAGAGGUGCAGCCAUGUCGGGAUGCAGAGGGGUGCGGGGGACUCGGCCUUGUCAUCCCAGACAAGUGCUCUCCCGGCCUGCCCGGGAAAGGCAUCGAGUCGGCUGGCUCUGCCCCUGCAUGGCUGUGCUCGGGCACCCGAGUCUGCCGGACCCAUCUGGGGCUCCCUGGGCGGUGGGGGCCGUGUGGCGCAGGUGCAGCUGGGCUGGGCCCCAUGAGGGCCUGCGUGGAGCAGGUGUGCCGGUCUCAGGGCUGUCACCCUGGUUCUGAGUCCCACCUGGGCUGGUGUGCAGUGUCGGGGAGGGGGGGGUGCCACGGCCCCCAAGGUGACUGCACUGGUGCGUCCCCUCAGCUCCCCGUGCUGAGAAGGACCCGCCCCUCCCCUUCCCCCAGCAGCUCCCUGCCCCCCAGACCCCAGGAGACUGGACCAGACCCGCACAGAAGCAGAGCCAGUUCCGGGCCCCCAACGUCCUCAACCCCGACCCCCCAGCUCUUCCCCAGGGAGGGCGGGCGCGUGCGCGUUUGUGCAAGCGAUGCAUGCCUCUGCAGGCAUGUGAAGGCGCAUGCAUGCAAGUGAGAGUGCAACUGUGCGAAUGUGUGCGUGUGUGCAAGUGCAUAUGCAUGUGUUUGUGCAUGGGUGCGAGUGCGUGCGUGUGUGCAAGUGCAUAUGCCAGCGUAUGGGUGCAAGUAUGUGCGAGGAGAGGUGCAGGUGCCCCCAACUUCCUGGUGAGUCCUGAGGUCCCACCGCCCCCCCCCAGACUAGACAAUGUCCUCUCACCCUUUGGCCUGUCCCCUCCACACCGCAAACUCUGCCUUAAGUUGCACUUUAUGCCCCAGUUCUGGGAUGCACUUGGCCUCUUCUCCCGGGGGCCUCCGUCCCCAGCCCCCAGCCCUGCCGUCAGGCCCGAGAAGCAGCGGCAUUGGGGAGCUGAGGGCUGUAGUCGUGCACGGGAGGGGAGAGCCGGCGGCCCCUUUGAGGAGAAACUUCAUCUGUGUGUAGAGACGGGACGCUGCAGCUGCUGAGAGCACAGACCCUGCUCAGCGGUGGGCGGGGGGGCGCGUGGGAGGGAGGGUGCUGUGUCUGUGGGGUGAGGGUGGCGCCUCUGAGACAGGCUUCCAGUCUGCAGCGCCCUGGGGCUGGCGGCUCCAAGUCCCACCAGGUCCACACUUCCUUGGGAAAUAAAAGUGCCUUCUGCUUCCUUCUUCCAAGUUCACGGUUUUCCCCUCCUCCCGCUGGGCGGGGGCCUGCGACAUCAGCUCCCAGGGGAGGCCCGGAGGUGGCAGAAUCCGAGCCCAGAACCCGAGCUGCUGGGCCCGAGAUGCUCCAAGGCAGAGGCCCAGGGCCCAGGGCGCAGAGCAAGUGCGAGGUCGCAGCCCCUGUGCCCUCCGAAGCCUGUGCUUCACCGGGUGGCUCAGUAGCGGCCAGGGCCACCCCCCUAGGACCAGGGCGACCACCCGCUGCUAGUUCCUUGGUCUGCCUGCAGGUAACAGCUCCCUCACGGGCUCGGCAGUGCUAACCCGACGCCAGCAGAGGCAUCUAGGAGCGCUUCCCCCUUACUGCGUUACACACUAAACCCGGCCCGCGCGUGGAAGAAAGGAGACUCCGGGGAGGCUUUGGUUUAUUGGAUGUUAACUGUCUGUUCAGAACGAGCUACUAAAUAAAACAUGAUUCUGCUCUUU